GCGCUUUGUCCUAAAAAUUUUUCAAAGCUUUGAUCACAAAACAGAAGCCAUUGAGAGAGAUAAGACAGAACCUUGACUGUGACUUUGAAGUUUGAACGGAGAUGGAGACGCCCGACUCUAAUGUGCUUAUGGAUUCCCCGGGCCUCCCUUCUCCGGUUCGCCGGAGCUCCGAAAUGCCUCAAUCUCCAGCUCUAUAUUCCCUGGUAACCAGGGCGCCGGGCUCUCCGCCGGCGAUUGACCGUCGCGAGACUUUCGACGGUCUGCUUUCCAAGGUUCCUCCGGCCGACGCCGUGAAGCUGCAGAAGGUUUUUAAGAGUUACCGCACCCGGCGCAGGUUAGCCGAUUCCGUCGUGGUGGCAGAGGAGUAUUGGCGGGAAGCGAUUGACUUCGCUAGACUCAGUCACAGCACGAUUUCGUUCUUCCAUUACCACAAACAGGAGACUCCGGCUUCGCGCUUGAGGCGGGUACGCUUGAAUGCUUCAAAGGUCGGGAAGGGAUUGUCCAAAGACGAAAAAGCGAAAACAUUGGCUUUUGAGCACUAUAUUGAAGCUAUUGAUUCCCGCCACCGUUAUGGGCAUAACUUGCGUUUAUACUAUGAGGUGUGGCGUAAUGGAGAUGCAGGCCAGCCAUUCUUCUUUUGGCUAAAUGCUGGAGAUGGGUUUAAGGUUGAUCUCAAAGAAUGUCCAAGAUCAAAGCUACAGCAGCAAUGCAUCAAGUAUCUUGGACCUCAAGAGAGGAAACACUAUGAAUAUGUUGUUGUCGAAAGGAAAAUUAUCCACAAAAAAAGUGGACAUCUUUUAGACACAAAAAUAGGUUCAGAGAAGGUCGACUGGAUAUUUGUUGUGGACACCUCCAAGAAACUGUAUGCUGGUGAGAAAGAGAAAGGAAGGUUUCAUCAUUCCAGCUUCCUUGCAGGGGGAGCUACUUUAGCUGCUGGUAAGCUUGAAGCGGAUCAGGGAACACUUAAGUCAAUAUCCCCACACAGUGGACAUUACCGCCCGGGCGACGACAGUCUUGCCACUUUUGUAUCACUCCUCGAGGAAAAUGGAGUCAACAUGGCUGAAGUUCAGAUACUCAAGGCAAAUGAAGAGUGGGACGAUGAUAACUGCUUCGAUGGAGAAAUGAACGCAAGUGAAAUCCCACCAGAAUCAGAAUACCAAAGCACCAAACAAGAAGAAACCAAAGAAGAAGAAACAGACCCAUUCUCAAAAUGGAUAAAAGCUAACGAAACCGAAACCAAAAUCACAUACGAAAGGACUUUGUCCGGGGGGCUUCGGAGGCCGGCCAGGAUUGAUAUGGUGCCCAAGGAUGCAAUGCUUCGGAGGAUCAGUUCGAAGAAGGCGGCAAGUUCAUACCAACUUGGACACCAACUCUCGCUGAAAUGGUCCACUGGGGCAGGCCCAAGAAUUGGGUGCGUCGCCGAUUACCCUAAAGAAUUGAGGUUGCAGGCACUGGAAUUUGUGAACCUCUCCCCAAGAUCUCAACCCUCACCGCCGUCGCCGUCACCACCACCUCCACCACCAUCAGGGGCUCUAGGUGGUCCGGAACCGACAGUCUUGCAUUACUGCUCCCGCGGUGGUGCCUAAUUGGCAAUUGCCAUGCUGUUGCUGCUGGAAGCCGGUGCCUGACCUCCCAUGCCUCCCUCACUCUCCCUGCAUGGAAUUUCUAAUCAUGUGGAAGAGCUAAAUUAGGUGAAUAAUGUAAGUUCUCAUGUCUGUUUUGGAUCUUGGGAAUGCAAAAAUGGCUAAUUAAGGUUUUAUCUCUCACGGCAUUUUUGUAUAUUGAAACAGAAUGAAAUGGAAUAAAACAAAAUCAAAUUUAUUA